UCCUCUUUGGAUAGGUUUCUUAUGGUUUGGAAGCUGAAGACACAAUGCAGAGCUUACAAAUUUGUAGGCCAUGCGGAAGCGGUGACCAGUGUACAGUUCUCACCAGAUGGGCAGCUCCUUGCUUCAGCUUCUCAAGAUCGUACUGUCAGACUAUGGAUUCCUUGCAUUCAUGGAGAGUCUUCGAUACUGAAGGGUCAUACAGGAUCUGUUCGUAGCGUGAGCUUCUCGCAUGAUGGCCACUUUCUAGUUUCAGCAUCCAAUGAUAAAUCAAUAAAGAUAUGGAAUGUUAUCCAUCAGCGCCUUUUUUUUUCUCUAUUCCAGCACACUCAUUGGGUUCACUGUGCCAAAUUUUCACCUGAUGGAAGACUAAUAGCAUCUUGCAGUGAGGAUAAAUCUGUUAGGAUCUGGGAUACAAGAAAUAAAACUUGUAUUGAUAGCUUCUUAGAUUAUGGAGGAUUUGCAAACUUUGUGGAUUUCAACCCAAGUGGUACAUGUAUAGCUUCUGCAGGUUCCAAUCAUACAGUGAAGCUGUGGGAUAUUCGAAUGAACAAGCUACUGCAGCAUUACAAAGUUCACAGAGCAGGGGUUAAUUGUGUAUCAUUCCAUCCUUCUGGUAACUAUCUCAUCACUGCUUCUACUGAUGGUACCCUUAAGAUUUUGGAUCUCUUAGAAGGAAGACUUAUUUACACUCUUCAUGGACACAAGGGACCUGUAUUUUCUGUGGCUUUUUCAAAAAGUGGUGAAAAAUUUGCCUCAGGUGGAGCAGAUGCUCAGGUAUUGCUAUGGAAAACCAACUUUGAUUCAUUUGAUUAUAAAGAAGUUCUUAAACACCAUAUUAGAAGAACACAUAUUGAUGAUCCUCCUCAUCUUCUUGAUGUUUACCCGAGGUCACCUCAUCUCCAUGAUGAAAAACUUCAGUCAGUUGAG